AUGAUUCCCCUGUUCUUUUUGGUUGUCUGUGCUGAGGGUUUAGUGGCAUUCCUUUUAGUGGUGAAGAUUGGACCCCUGAGAGAACUGGUAAUGAAGGGUUUAGAUCAAGUGAAAAUGAGAAGGGGUACAGUUUUAACAAUUGCUGGUACUAUUUUUGUCAUCCUCUUUUCAAACCUUGUUAGCAUACUCAAGAUUCAGAAUAAGGGUUCUAAGCUUGGUACAAUGACACCAAUGGAUCAAGUACUUUGGAGGACCAAUUUGCUAGAGGCUACUCUCAUGGGGUUCUCUCUCUUCCUUGCGUUCUUAAUUGAUAGAAUGCACCAUUAUAUGCAGAAAUUGAUCAAACUUAGGAGUAGUUCUGGAGACUCGAAACAAGAAGUCGAGAGGCUUGAGAAAGAAAAGAUAUCUGUUUCAGUUUUUCCGACUGAGGAGGUGACUUGA